AUCGUUAUCAUCAUCGUCAUAACAACAACAAUAACAAAAAUAAUGAUAAUAGUAAUCAGCAGCAGUAGCAACAGUAAUAACGAGAAGCAACGCUUUCACUCGCAGAGUCUCUCCCGACCUUGUCGCCGUAUGUCUGUUACUGCCAAUUGUAUUUAGAACUGUCGAAGCUAUUCACACACACAUAUUCCUCUCUCUAUUGUAUAUGUAUAUAUAUCCAUAUCUAGAUCUACAUCUAUAUUGUCCCUUCCAUCUAAGACAGACAUUGUCAACACAGCAGCCUCAAAUCUGAUUUACCAUUUUGGCUUGGCAAACCAAACCCAGUGCAGCACACAGCCAUAUAUUAAUAAUAUAUAGUUACUUUUUGUUGUGGUUUUUGGGGUUGUUUUGUUUUUUUUUAACUGGAUCAAAAAGGUAAAAACGGAAUAUGACUUCCACAGAAAUAAGACAGGGCUAUAGCGAAAAUAAACCAUCAUCGAGGGUGCUGAAACCACCCGGCGGAGGAGAAAGUAAUAUAUUUGGUCCUGCAGUAGCGGGAUCUUCUGCAAAUAGCAAAGUGAACCGCAUGGAAUCUAAUGUGUUUAAAGAACCGGAUACACAAACUCAGCCUGUAGCAUCCAAGAAAGAAGACACCCAUAAUAACUUAUUUGGCGAGCAAAAACUGAAAGUUAGGACUGAUUUUAAUGCUGCCACCGUGAAGGGUCAAGGUUACUUCAAAGAUCCAAUUAAUAAUACAGGAGCACCAGCCGAUUCAGAAGUAAUGCAUACAAGAAUUUCUCAACCUCCUGGUGGCCAUUGUCAUCAACUUUGGUGAUUUUGCUUGUUCAAUUUGAAGAUUUCAAAAAUGUAAAAGUUUUGGCAUACAGCAAUUUGUGUACUUUAAUAUGUUAAAGGCACUUUAAUAUUGUUGAUUCUUUUUAGCUUUAACAAUUUCUCUCAAAUAUCAAAGUAUGUAGCCAUUCAUAAACUUCAAAGUUUUACAUUUUAGGUUGAGAGUUUUAAUUCUAUUAUUGCAAAUCAAACUACUUGGCAACUAAGGUUGAUUUUAUUCAUUGUAUUUAAUCAACGAUAAGUAUUUUGUUUGAUUUUGUUUUUGUAUUUUUGAAACCUGAAUAUACACUCGUCUCGUGUAUUGGACCCUUGCAGAAAGGACUGGAAUGCAUGUAUGGUGCAUAAAUGUGGAAGUAUUCUUAUUGGUAGCUCCCAUCUAAACUAAAGAUCAAGAAAUACUAUGUUCUGUUAAUCAAAUAUAACACACAAAAAAAAUGCAAAAAAAAAAAUGCAAUAUUUCAAAUGAUCAUUUUCUUUGUAUAUUUCCAUUAUUUUGUACUUGAUUAAAGUUUAUGGUCUGUUCUUCAUGAUGCACACUUGGUAGGCAUAUAUAUUUCUAACACUUCAGUAGUUAACCAGUCUAUAAAGCAGAAUGGAUUGAGGUAGAACCUUAGUUAUUUAUUCCUAAACCUCAUCAGCAUGUGUUACUUUAUUCUAAAAAUAUUGCUGCACAUUUCAACUUUAAUUGAAUUCUCUUAAUUGUUAUUCUCCCUUGAAAGCUUAUAUAAAAUGCUUGACUUUGGGAAAAGAAGUGUGUGUUUGUUGGUUUAAUUUUUUAAAAAUCUUUUGGAGGUAAAUACAAACAAUUCAAUAUAGUUUAAAAAAAAAACUUCCAUUCAUACUGUUUAGAUAUAGUUAAAGCCUUCAAAAUAUAUGUAGCCAAAUUUUGUUUUCAACAUUUAUGUUAAAAUUUUUUUCACCACAAAUUUAUAGAUCUAUAAAAGCUUUUAUUUGCUGUCGAAGAUGACUUCAUAACUUUUGCUUCAUUAAAGAAAAUCAACACGAUCUUGCAUUUAGUAUUGAUUUUUCAAUGGCAAAACUGGCUUUUUUUGUAGUGGCUUUUCACAAGAACAAGAGAAUGCAAAUCUGAAUUGUUCCACUUGAAUCAAAAAUACAAAUGCAACCAAGUGUUGUUACUUUUUACAAUGUUUUAAUUUAUUAUUUUUAUUAUUUCAAAUAUUCAGUUGACUUUUUUUUUCAACAUUUCAACAUUUUACAAUUGGAUUUUUACAACUUUUCCAAACAAUAAUUUUUUAACUGCUUUUUUUUUUCAUAAGCUUUUUUUUUUUGUAAGAUACAAAAUUUGUAUUAAAUCCUAGAGCUAGCCUUAUAUUUAAAUAUAAAUUGACUUGAUAGUCUAUGUUGGCUAUUUGAAAAUAUGUAUGAUUAUAUAAAAUGCGAGAUAAGGGAGAUGAUGAAGUUUUUGCCAAAUGGCUUAUGCUGGUUUAUUGCCAAAUAAUGAACACAUUCAAUACACUUCAAAUCUUUAUCACUGAGAUGUCAUGAAUGUCAUUCUUUCAUGGCCUUAUAUGUAACUUUAUUUUUAAAAUUGUAUGGAUUUUGUCAUUGCAAAGUACUCAGGCCUAACUUUUAAUUUUUAUAACUUUUAUUGAGAAAUAAAAUUCUUUUAUUUAAGAACAAA